AUGAGUUUGGUGGGGGGCUUCCCCCACCACCCGGUGGUGCACCAUGAGGGCUACCCGUUCGCCGCUGCCGCUGCCGCCGCCGCCGCCGCCGCCGCCAGCCGCUGCAGCCACGAGGAGAACCCCUACUUCCAUGGCUGGCUCAUCGGUCACCCCGAGAUGUCGCCCCCCGACUACAGCAUGGCCCUGUCCUACAGCCCCGAUUAUGCCAGCGGCGCCGCCGGCCUGGACCACUCCCAUUACGGGGGGGUGCCGCCGGGCGCCGGGCCCCCGGGCCUGGGGGGGCCGCGCCCCGUGAAGCGCCGGGGCACCGCCAACCGCAAGGAGCGGCGCAGGACUCAGAGCAUCAAUAGCGCCUUCGCCGAACUGCGCGAGUGCAUCCCCAACGUGCCCGCCGACACCAAACUCUCCAAGAUCAAGACACUACGCCUGGCCACCAGCUACAUCGCCUACCUCAUGGACCUGCUGGCCAAGGACGACCAGAACGGCGAGGCGGAGGCCUUCAAGGCGGAAAUCAAGAAGACAGAUGUGAAAGAAGAGAAAAGGAAGAAAGAGCUGAACGAAAUCUUGAAAAGCACAGUGAGCAGCAACGACAAGAAAAGCAAAGGCCGGACGGGCUGGCCCCAGCACGUCUGGGCCCUGGAGCUCAAGCAGUGAGGAGGAGGAGGAGGAGGAGAGCGCUAGUGAGCUGGGGCCCAGGAGCCGGAUGUAGACCCAGGACUCCGGGCAAGCUCUACGCGCUCCGCUCCGAGGACUACUUGCAUUUGGAGUCAUCCGGUUUAUUUAUGUGCAAUUUGCCUCCCCUCUUUUCGCCCCCCUUUGAGGCAGCCGCUCCCCACCUCCCCCUCCAAAAAUAGUGGAUAUUUGAAGAAAAGCAUUCCAUAUUUUAAUAUGAAGAGGACACUCCCGCGUGGUAAGGGAUCCCGUCGUCUCGUAGAUUCUCUGU